GAUUUACAGACAUCUCCUACAUAAACUUUCCACAUUGACAUCAUGUCCCGACGUUAUGAUACGCGAACAACAAUAUUUUCUCCCGAAGGGAGACUUUACCAGGUUGAAUAUGCUAUGGAAGCGAUUAGUCUUGCUGGUAUCUGCCUUGGUAUAUUAGCCGAUGAUGGUGUUGUUUUAGCUGCAGAAAGGAGAAACACUAAUAAACUUCUAGAUGAAAUGGUUUUCUCUGAAAAGAUUUACAAAUUACAUGAUGACAUGGCUUGUAGCGUCGCUGGUAUUACGUCAGAUGCAAAUGUUUUAACAAAUGAAUUAAGACUAAUUGCCCAAAGGUAUUUACUUCAAUACCAAGAACCCAUACCGUGUGAACAACUUGUUAGUUCCCUAUGUGACAUCAAACAAGAAUAUACACAAUUUGGAGGAAAGCGACCGUUUGGUGUUUCACUACUCUACAUGGGCUGGGAUAAGCAUUAUGGCUUCCAGUUGUAUCAAAGUGAUCCAAGUGGCAAUUUCAGUGGCUGGAAGGCGACCUGUAUCGGAAAUAAUAGUGUUGCUGCGGUGUCCAUGUUAAAGCAAGAGUAUAAUGAAGAGAAAAUGCCUUUGUCAGAGGCACUAAAACUAGCUAUUAAAGUCUUGAAUAAGACAUUGGAUGUCACUAAGUUAACGAAAGAUAAAGUUGAGAUGGCAACUCUUACACGAAAAGGAGACAAGACAGAAAUCUGCAUACUUCCUGAUAGUAAAGUCGAAAGUAUAAUCAACGUCUGUGAAGAGGAAGCCAAGGAUCAAAGAAGUUCAAAGAGCAAAGAAAGCAGUGCCAGCACAAGCAAAUAAUAAUCUUCUUAAAAAAAUCUUUCCAAACCUUUAGUUUAUUGUAACUACAUUUUUGUCCUUCCUUAAAGAUAAAUAUAAAUGAACUUUGAGUGAGAA